AUGGCUGCCACUGCUGGACCCGUCGGUCAGCCCGACAUCGCCUACACUCCCAGGUACGAAAACUACAAGACUCGAACAACGCGGCGUAUACAUACAGAAAAGCUUGUGCAAUAUUUGCCUGAGGGAUUCCCGGCCAAGCUUGACUCCGAUCUUGUGUGGGACGGAAAUAAUCUGGAGGAGUCUUAUGACUGGAAUUAUCACCUGACGCCAGCGGAUCUUGCUGAGGUUGAUGAAGCCUUGAAGCACUUCAACGUUGGGAAAGCACUUAGCGAGAUCAGUCAGGAGACCUUUCCCCUACCAAACUUCCAUGCGACGUUGCGAGAAAUUUCACGAGAGAUUCACAAUGGCCAUGGCUUGGCUUCAAGGUUGUUCGCGGAAUACCUGUGGACCAGUAUACGAGAGAGAAGAAUAUCACUAUCUAUGUUGGUGUCUCAUCUCACGUUGCACCCGUUCGGGGCCGGCAGGACAAAACCUGGCAAGGCAAGCCAGCCAAUGUCAUUGCUGCCCACAUCAAAGACUUGGGCUUUCGACAACUUCAGCAAAGAUGGCAAUGUUUUUUUCUCACGCCCUCUCCCCUAUCACUAA